AUGGAUAAUCGUCAAUUUCUUAAUUACGUAAUUAAUAAUAUUGAUGAUGUAUUUGUACCAGAUGAUUUGCACAGUUCAAGAAGGCUGAUGACGGAUGGCGAUGUAGGCCGCACUUUGGAUCGUUGUUUUAGUGUCAUACAAGAGUCCAGUAAAACCUGGAGUGGUCAAACAGCAUCGGCUUUGUCCCAAAGAAAACCACUAACGGAAAAGAGUUCCAUACAAUUAGCGGUGACCAGUUAUUUGAGUCGUUUCCUCAAAGCCUCGGUAUAUGAAAAGAUUAAGAAGCGUCAGACAAGAUUGGAUCAUAAUCUCUUCGAUGUCAUAUGGCCAGCCUUGAGAAAAACAUCCAAGGAACGUCAUUUGGAGGAAGACAUUAACUGUGGCAUAAUAGCACCCGACUUUGAUGUGUACGUUGUAUUUCAAGAGUUUUUGGUGCCUCUGAUCAAAGACAUGCAAUGUUUGAGUAUUACAGCGGAUUUCAAGCCUCAUCCUCGUAUAGCGUAUUUUCCCAUGGAACAUAGUGAACGACUGAAUACGGCAUAUUUUGUAUUUGAUGAUGAGUCGAAUUUAAUUGUCCGCACAAUAGUGGAAUGUUCUAGAAAUCUGGAUACAUUUGAGUUGCCUUUGAAUCUGACAAUUGGUCAGAUAGAACAGGCUGAACGUGUACUGAUGGGUAAAAUAUUUACCUCGGCCUUUAUAGAAGCCAUUGAUGAAGCUGAACCGGGUAGUUAUUAUACAUUGACGGAAAUACUAGAAGAUAAUUCAGAAAUCUAUGAAAUUUUAAAUGAAUAUGGACUUUUGAUACCAUUGCUGGACCUCAAAGACUGCACCCAGCUGGCUGAGUCCACUGCUUUCAAUGGUAGCCUGUGGCCUUAUGGCAGAGGGGUUUACAUUAGCUCCUCAAAUAAUCUGGCUUUGUGGCUGAAUUGUCAAGAGCAUCUGCGUAUUAUAGGCACUUCAACAAUGAAAGAUGGUGCUGAUAUUGGUGCAGUCUACACUCGUGUAGGAAGGGCCAUUUCAUUUUUGGAGCAUCAAAUACACUUCAAAGAGAGCUACUUAUUGGGAUAUCUACAGGCAAGGCCAGCCUUUUUGGGUACGGGGCUCAAAAUGACCACCAUUCUACGUCUGCCCAAUCUGAUGAAAGAAAUGGAUAAUCUAAGGCAUCUGUGUUCGGUGCGUGGCUUGUCUUUGACCACCAAUCUCAACUCGAAAAUAAGUGUACGCUUGAUAAACAUGCAAUCGAUGGGUGCCGUAGAGCAUGUACUCUUCCAGGACUACUGUACGGCUGUAACAAAUAUUAUAUCGCUGGAAAAGGACAUGUCGCUGACGAAUUCGAAGCAUAUUGCCUCAAUGUUGGUUAAGAUAUUUCGUCGUAAGAAAACUAGUUUAGUUGAUCGCGAUUAA